GUAAAGAGAAAGGAAAUCUGUGUACGUUGAUUGUUUAUCCAUUAAAAUUUUGAUCUUUUUUUUUGGUUUGCCCGAAAAUAAUUUUUCUUUGUGAUCAAAUGUUUGCUGUAUGAUAUUUUUGGUCAUCUUCAUAAAUUAAAAAAAAAAUCACCGCGGACGAGGAAAAUCCAGAAAAAUAUUGUUGUUUUUUUGUUUAUCAUUAUUGCCUGUUUGUUUUGUUUGUUGACCAAAAAUUUUUUUCCUCGUCAUAAAAAUAUAGAAUAGAAAAAAAUGAGUAGCCGAGAUCGUAUCAGUAUAUUUCCAUCUCGUAUGGCCCAGACGAUCAUGAAAGGUCGUUUAAAAGGUGCACAAAAAGGUCAUUCAUUAUUGAAGAAAAAAGCCGAUGCAUUACAGUUACGUUUUCGUGCCAUUUUAAAGAAAAUUGUUGAAACAAAAUCAUUGAUGGGCGAUGUAAUGCGCGAAGCAUUAUUCUCAUUAGCCGAAGGUAAAUUUACGGCUAAAUUUGAUUUCAACAAUAUUGUAUUGCAAAACGUAAAUAAAGCACAAUUUGGCGUUAUUACCCGUAAGGAUAAUGUAGCCGGUGUAUUAUUGCCCGUUUUUGAAACAGCACAAAGUGGUGCCGAUUCAAAUGAAUUUGCUGGCCUUUCUGGUGGUGGUCAACAAUUUACACGUAUCAAAAAGAAUUUUGAACGUGCAAUCAAAUUAUUGGUAGAUUUAGCUUCAUUACAAACAUCAUUCAUUACAUUGGAUGGUGUUAUCAAAUCAACUAAUCGUCGUGUUAAUGCAUUGGAACAUGUUGUUAUACCACGUAUCGAACGUACUAUACAAUAUAUUACAUCAGAAUUAGAUGAAAUGGAACGUGAAGAAUUUUAUCGUUUGAAAAAAGUACAGGAAAAAAAGAAAAAAAUUCGUGCACAAUCGGAUGCUGAUUUAAAAUUGAUGAGAAAAUUAGGUGAAUAUCAUGAGCCACCAAGCCUUUUGGAUGUUAAUGAAGAUGAUCAGGAUGAGAUUCUUUUCUAAAUACAAAAACAAAGAAAACUAAAACAAAAUAACAAAUCAUUAUCACUAUCAUCAUUUAAAAAUCAUCAUCAUUUUCAUCAUAAAUAUAUUCUACUAAUCCAGAAUUGCUUAAAAUUUUUUUCCUCUAUAAUUCUUCGUAUAUUUUAAUCAGAUAUGAUUUGCCUUCAAAAAAAACUGUAGAGAGUUUCAAUCAUUUUAUUCUAAUUUUUUCUUCCAAAUUA